GCAACUUCCUUCUCUCGUUUGUUUCUCUUAUAUUUCACCGUUCGUUUUGGGUUUACGAAUUUUAGGGUUUCUUGUUUUCCAAUUCCAUCUUGGUAAACAUCUUCUGUUUGUUUCUUUUAUUUGGUUUCCUUCGUUGUUUUUGUGCGGAUUUUCUCUUGUCGAAAGAACUGCAUUUUAGAAAUCAGUUCUUGCCUGGGUUUCAACUCGUCAAUCAGAUUUAAGCACUUUCUGAUCAAAUUUUUAACCCAAACUACUAUCCUCUGGAGAAUCAUUGCACAAAUAAUGUUCUGUUACCUGCCAUAAAUGCGGUGUAGUUUUGGAGAUGAGAAGUUUUCAGGAAGCCUGCGAUUGAUGGACUGCUUACCCAACAGCAGUGAUAAGAAAACUUUGAAGAGGUGGUUUUUCAUAGACAAAAGGGUUGGCUAAAAAGUUUUAAGGGUUGAAGGUUCAUAUCUGUACUUGACAAAGCUGCUUCUAUUAUCAUAGUUCUAGUUUAAUCUGUUAUAUACAAGUGUACUUAAAAAGUGAUCUGAAGCUAAUGGAUUUGAAGUCCAAUCAUUCAUCUCCUGUCCUCACUGAUCCUAUUCCAAUAAACAAGUCAAAACUAGGCAUCCACUCGAAUCUGUUGUGCUAUCCACAAUCAGGUGGAUCUUUGUCCUCUGGCAAGUAUAUUACAAUUCCCAGGAAGAAACCUGGAAAGCUUGAUGAUGUUUGGUCCAAUGGUUGGCUGGAUGCCAUGAAAUCUUCAUCACCCCCUCGUAAGAAGUUAAUCAAGGACUUCAAUAUUGACGUUUCUGCGGAUGAUAUUGAUAUUGCUUAUUGCUCCUGGAUGAUUAAAUAUCCUUCUGCACUUAAAUCUUUUGAGAAAAUUUCCAAAAGUGCAAAGAACAAGAAGAUAGCUGUUUUUCUAGAUUAUGAUGGUACUCUUUCUCCAAUAGUAGAUGACCCUGAUCGUGCCUUUAUGUCUGACGCUAUGCGUUCUGCUGUCAGAAAAGUUGCAAAGUAUUUCCCAACAGCAAUUAUUAGUGGCAGAAGUCGUGAUAAGGUUUAUGAAUUGGUAGGACUAACUGAACUUUAUUAUGCUGGUAGUCAUGGAAUGGACAUCAUGGGCCCUGUGAAUCAUACAGAGUCCGAUGACCAUCCAAAUUGUAUUAGAUCAACUGACCAAAAGGGCAAGGGUAACCUUUUCCAGCCCGCUAGAGAAUUCAUACCUAUGAUUGAUGAGGUUUUUAGAACCCUUGUCGAGAAUACCAAAGAUAUCAAAGGUGCAAAAGUUGAGAAUCACAAGUUUUGCGCCUCUGUACAUUACCGUAAUGUCGAAGAGAAGAACUGGCCAGCUAUAGCACAAUGUGUUCAUGAUAUUUUGAAAAAUUAUCCUCGUUUGCGAUUAACUCAUGGACGGAAGGUUUUAGAGAUCCGUCCUGUGAUUGACUGGAAUAAAGGGAAGGCAGUUGAAUUUCUGCUUGAAUCCCUUGGACUAAGUGAUAGAGAUGAUGUGCUCCCAAUCUUUAUUGGAGAUGACAAGAGUGAUGAGGAUGCAUUCAAGGUUUUGCGGGAAGGAAAUCGGGGUUAUGGGAUCUUGGUGUCUUCAUUGCCCAAAGAAAGCAAGGCAUUUUACUCUGUCAGGGACCCAUCAGAGGUGAAGAAAUUUCUCGAGGCUUUAGUGAGAUGGAAGAAGCUUGAAGAAAGAGCAGCAGCACAACAAAUUUUCAUGAAGAGAAGCAUUUAGUUAUAUGCAAAUAAAAUUUCCCUUCAAUUUUUAUUCAGAUAUCCACAAUGAAUCCUCUCAUUCCAGUCCGGUGGCCAUUUUAUUUCCAAUCUUUUUGUCAGAAUUUUGAAAAUAUUAAUUAAUAACAAAUUGUUUAUAUAAAUAUAUUUUCCCUUAAUAUUGUAAAGCA